AGACUUCGUGGUUCGCUAUGGUGACAUCUUCAUUGAUAACCAACUGAGAAUAAAGAGUUGUUUUGGGAAAUGUAUUCUCAAAAUCAUAGAAUGCUAUAAACGGAGGAAUUAAUACACACUACAGGUGAACAAAGAUGGAUGGGUUCAAUACGUCAUCAAUCAUCAACAAUGUCAGCACGAAUGUCACCAAUGUCAAUAGAUCCGUGUUACCAGCAGAAAUUUUAUUGAUUUACAUACUUCCUAUUAUAAUAUUUGUUGGACUGUUCGGAAAUGUUGUGUCUUUUGUGGUAUUUUUGGAUAAAGAAUUACGUCAUAUUUCCAGCAGUGUUUAUAUCAUGGCAGUAUUAUGCUCGGAUACUGGAAUGCUUCUUAACCAAACAUUAGUAUGGCUAGAAGCACUACGAAUAAGUCCAUGGUUUGGACAAGGCAUGUGUAAACUUUUCGUAUUUAGUGGAUUCGUAUUUGCAUUUCUGUCAGAAUGGUAUGUGGUAUGCAUAACAGUAGAAAAUUAUGUCACUUUACGCCACCCAACUAAGAUUAAAACAUUGUGUACCACUCGCCGUGCCGUAAUCGUGACAACAUCACUAGCCACCCUAGCUGUUUCAUCAUACUUUAUCUACCUAUUUACUACGGGCACGGAGAACGGCUUUUGUGACAACAAUAUGUCAAGCAAAUUAGAACAAAUCUACUUCUAUGUGGACAAUAUAGCAACUCUACUCCUGCCAACAAUAGUGGUAUUUGUUCUACUUGCUGCAAUAGUGCUACAAGUAAUAAAAUCGAUAAAGUCAAAACGACGGAUGAGUUUGUCUAAAACAAAAAAGAAAAAAUCGAGCAUACCACAGGUUCGAGUUGCCAAAAUGUUAUUUGUAUUAUCAAUCAGCGCAUUCGUUCUAUCCACCCCAGACCAUGUUGUAAAACUUUACUUUAGCAUGUCCGGGUUAGUUUUUCUAAAAUUGUCAGAAUUACAGAAACUUACAUUCUUAGUGUUGAUGUUUUUGUACUAUACGAGAUUUUCUACAAAGUUCUUCAUUCUAAUCGCCUUCAGUAAGAACUUUCGAAAGAAGCUAUUAUCGAAAAUCAGAUGUGAUAAAAAUAUGUAUGACAUGGUGCAAAGUAAAGAUUCAUUGGCUGUACACCAUGUUGCCACAAAUACAUCACCAACAUCAUGAUUAAUUAUAUAAGCAGCUUUGAUAAGGUGAUUUGAGAAUGUUCUAGACAAUAAUUAUAACGCAUAUAUUCGACUGUGUAACAACAUUCAACGGGUGUUAACUAUAAGAAUCAAAAUAUUAAGUGUUACAUCAAAGUGUUGCUGUGCCUUCAUAACAAGUAGAAGUGUCUUUUAAAACAACAACGGACAAUUAAGAAGAACGUGGAAUGCUCAAACUUUUGCGUUUCAAAUCAACGAGAAUUUGUUUUCUUUUCUGAGUGUAAAAUACAUCAUCGUAGGAAUUAAUUGCUAUUUACUGGUUCUGAUUAGAUACUAUGAAGGUUACUUCUAUUAUUAAACGUACUUUUAUGUCUGA